AUGGGCUUCGCCAGAACACUCUUCAGGUUCCGACCAGACCUUGCUCAGCACGUUAGGUCCAUCCAUCUCGGAGAAGGCUACGAGCCCCAUAUCGAGUCGGCCGACGACAUUGCACUAUUCAAGGAAGCUGAAGGACAACUUGAACGUUUCCAAAAUUCGGAGAGCGAGGAGGCAGGGGACGAAAAUGACGAGGACCAAAGAACGCCUACCUACUUAAGCCUAGUUGUUGGCAAGUGCACCAACCUCGAAGCCCUGUGCAUCUCAGUCACCUGGUUCGAAGAGACCAAUCCUGUGCCUUUCUCUCCUCCUUAUUCGCUGCCGAGGUUGACAACUCUGUCUCUCACACAUUGGGACACUGAAAAUGGCUUCGGACUUGGCGAUGCCAAAGAUAUCUUCAUCGCCGCUCCAAACAUUACGUCAUUGUAUGCUUGUGCCUUGGUCGAAGUCGAGCCCGACUUAUGGCUCCCAAACGUGACAGAGGUCGAUCUCGUCAACAGCGUUCUACAGGCCGAUUGUUUCGCACUGCUCUUGGAACAACUGCCUAACCUUGAGAAACUGUGUUAUUCAGUUGGCGACGCUUGCGUUUCAUACGACACCCCGGCCUUCCCGCGGGAAAUACAAGAGGCAAUCCUGAGCUACACCCCGAAGUUGAAGUUUCUUCAGCUUUACAUGACCGACACAACCCAAUUCGAAGAUCUCGGGGAUGACGACAUGUUGGCAUCAUUAAAGGAUUUGGGGAGUUUGGAGGUACUCCGGCUGGACGCGGCAUGUAUCAUCGCCCAGCGCAGCGCGCCGCCUCGGACUUACGUCACUCAGCCCAACGGUCGGGUAGUGGAACAGAUGCCGGACAGUGUGGAAGCCUUGUCGGCAGAGCUUUUUGUCCAAAUGCUGCCUGCCUCAAUUCAAGAGCUUGAGAUCGGAUCUUCAAUAACGGACGUCAAGCUGUUUCUACCAGCGUUCUUGCGGCUGAGUCAGGUGUGCCGGACGGAGUUCCCGCAGCUAAGAUACGUCAAGCUUUUGUGUCUGGAUAGGAGCGUUGGAAGAGAGCUGGAGGAGCCGUUCGAAGCUAAUGGGGUCAAAUUCGAAACCAAGAGUACCUACUGA